UUUCGCAGAAGGUGUUGACUUCACUCCUUGGCAGAACCGUGAACGAGCUGUUGUGUAUUUUGCAUCUGAGUUUCUCUGCAACACAACCAGGCACCAUGGAGCAAAUUAAGAAGAAGAUGGCCCAGCUAAAGAGGACCCAGGAGGAAGCUGAAGCAAGAGCGAAAAAGGCUGAAGAUGAGCUCGCAGAAACAAACGCCAAGGCCACAGCCGCUGAAGAGGAUGUAUCAAGACUUAUUCAAGAAAUGGAAAAACUGGAAGAGGAGCUUGAUGCAACAGAAUCAAAGCUGUCAGCAACAUUACAGAAAUUAAGUGAAGCAGAGAAACAAGCAGAUGAAAGUGAGAGGGCAAGGAAAGUGUUGGAAAACAGAGGGCUCAGUGAUGAUGAAAGGCUCACCAGACUGGAUACAGAACUAGCUGAACUAACUGCAAAGAAUGAAGCAGUAGAGUUAGAGUAUGAAGAGACUUGCAAUGAAAUUAGGAAGCUAGAAGAAACUCUUGAUGAGGCCGAAAGCAAAAGUGAAGAAUAUGAAGGGAGGGUGAAGGAACUUGAAGCGGAGGCCAUGCUAGUUGGCAACAAUUUGAGGAGCUUGGAGAUUAGUGAGGGCAAAGCAUCUGAGAGAGAAGACACUUACCAGGCUAAACUGAAUGAGCUAAGCGACAAGUUCCAAGAUACUGAUGCACAAGCUGAAGUAGCAGAGGCACGUGUAAGAGAGCUUGAGGAUCAAUUGAACCAACUUGAAGAUGACUUACUGCAGCAGAAAGAAGCAUACGAUACGGCCCAUCGUGACUAUCAAUCAGUCCUGAUGGAGCUUGUUGAAAUGUAAAAUCGUUAAAACAUGGAAAGAGUCGUGAAUAAAUGCAAUGUUGAACACACGUGAUAUUACCUUCAACUUUUUAUUAACUAGUUAGUUAUUGAUACUGUUCAAAUCAUUUAACUAGUGUAGUUAAAUCUUCUCAACAUUCGCGGGAGACUAUCAAAUUUCCAAUAAGAGCUAAUUCUAAAUAGUUUUAGUCGUUAUUCUCUCUUAAAGUGUUCUUGACCAAUUCACAAUAAUCAUAACAGUUUGCUGGUUUCAAGAAUAUGAAAUUUGAGCUAACUCAUUGGAGUUAAUCACGCGGAUUCACAUAGGACGCUUAACAGAAUAACAAAACACUGAUCUCAAAUACCGUUCGAACUAAACCCUGUUUCUUCAAAUCAACUAAAAGAGUAACUUUAAUUAAUUUCCCACUUGCCCGAUUCAUAAGUUCAUUAUGAGAAUCAGCGGAUGGUUGCAAAAAGAAACGAAGAAGUUUCAAAUCAAAGGGUUUUAUUUAAUGUCGAUUUACUUAGAUACCAGCUGUUUAAUGUUUGGCAAAGUAAAUAUUUUUUAUUUGACCUAAAGGCGA